AAACAAAUCAAUAUCAGGUGGCGAGUCAAGGAAGUCAUCGAAGAUAUUGCUAUUACAAUUUAGAACCACCAAAUUUUGCACCUGCCGACACUUUCCCAAGCCUUGGCUUUGGUUUUAAGCUCCCUGUCCGAACCUAGUAACCAUUUUACUUCUCUUUCUCCAAAAAGUAACAUGCAUGGCUAAGCUUACUGGAUACUGGUUCUUGACAAGGAAAAGUGUCAUCAGCAACACUUGCUUGAAGCAGAAAGAGAGAGAGAAAACUGAAUUUGCGGCUUUUGGUGGUGUCUUUUGUCAUUUUAUAGGCAGUUCAUCUACAAUUUUCUCUUUCAAGUACUUUCUUUGGAGUUUCUGUUGAGUCCGGAUUACUGUCAUUCUUGGUCUUGGUUGGGUGCUUAAUUUUUUUUUAUAUUUGGAUGGUCACAACUGUCUUCCUUUUUCUUGAUACUUCAUAAUUUGUUUUCUGGUACUGGUUUUCUUUUCUGUGAGGAUACUUGAGGUGAGAAUUCUGUAUUUUUUGAAGCUUUUUAGUUCAGGAAACUGUUUUGAUUUCUAACGCUUCUAGCCAAUUGUAAUCCUUCUAGCUUACACAAGCCAAUUUCUAUCAGUUUUAUAGUACUGAAUUUUAUUGUUAUGAGUUCUUUGACACUUAGCUGUAAGCCAUAGUGUUUUCCCUCUUAAAUGAUUUCUGGGUGUCAACGAGUUGUUUAUGAUCUGCGGAUAUUUGUGUUUUUGUAGAAUUGAGUGAAAGCAUAUCAAACUAGAUUUUAUAGUUAUACUUUAGGCCUUCCGAUUGCUUCUUUACAAUGCUUUCCAGUAAAUCUGAAUCUGAUAUCACAAGUUUAGCCCCAUCAUCACCGUCAAGGUCUCCAAAACGCCCUCUAUAUUAUGUACAGAGCCCUUCAAGGGAUUCACAUGAUGGGGACAAGUCCUCUUCAAUGCAACCAAGUCCAAUGGAGUCACCUUCACACCCCUCCUUUGGUCGUCACUCGAGGAAUUCAUCGUCUAGUAGGUUUUCCGGGAUAUUCAGAUCCUUUUCAGGGAGGAAAGGUAGCAGGAAAAGGAAUGAUAAAGGAUGGCCUGAAUGUAAUGUGAUCAUGGAAGAAGGGGAAUAUGAUGAGGAUAAGGCGUUUACUAGGCGAUUUCAGGCCUUGAUUGCUCUGUGUAGUUUUAUAGUCUUGUUUACUGUGUUUUGCUUGAUAAUAUGGGGUGCUAGCCGGCCAUUCAAAGCAGAGAUUACCGUCAAGAGCUUUUCAGUAAGUAAUUUUUAUGUUGGGGAAGGUUCAGACUUCUCUGGUGUUCCAACGAAGAUGCUUACAGUGAAUGGCUCAUUGAGAAUGAGCAUACACAAUCCUGCAACAAUAUUUGGCAUUCAUGUUAGCUCCACACCAAUCAAUCUCAUAUACUCAGAAAUCCCAGUUGCAACUGGUCAGUUGAAGAAAUACUAUCAACCUAGAAAGAGUCGACGAACUGUAUCAGUGAUUGUAGAAGGGGAUAAGAUUCCACUGUAUGGAGCUGGAUCAAGUUUAACAGUUUCACAGCCUGGUAUUGUAGUUCCAUUGACACUGAAAUUCGAAAUCCGGUCUCGAGGGAACGUAGUGGGGAAGCUGGUGAGGACGAAGCAUAAAAAGCUAAUCUCUUGCCCUGUAGUUCUUGAUUCCACUAGCUCCAAACCCAUCAAGUUCAAGAAGGGUACAUGUACAUAUGAUUGAUCUCCUUCCUGAAGAGUUAAACCUAUGAUUCAUGUCCUUGUCGGCAUUACGGCUUGUCCGCAGCAGUUUGAGACUUUUGAGUUGCCGAGCUUCACAGAAGAAAUCAGUAGCACUUGGAGAAAAUGCAGCUACUUGAAAUUUCCAUCUCUCUUUGGUUUUAGGUUGUGGUUCAGAUCAUGUGAAAAAUUAAGAAAUCAGUGUUUGAACCUUUGUAUUACUGGCUGUUUGCAUACUGUAUGUAUGAUUAAUGUUGUUGUGGGGUGUUUAUUCAACUCGAUGAUUAGACAUACUA